AUGUUUUGUCUAUGUAAAAUUCUUCAAAUUUUUCAAUUAAAAAUUAUUUUCUUUAAAAGUUUUGUUCGUUCCCUAACAAUGGAUAAAUGGAAAGAUAGCGAAUUAGAAAAAAUGAAGGUUGGAGGAAAUGUAAAGGCUAGGGAGUUUUUGGAAUCCCAACCUGAUUUCAAGCCGGAAUGGACUAUAAUUGAAAAAUAUAAUUCCAAAGCUGCCGCUCUGCUGAGAGAUAAGGUUCUUUUUUAUUUUUGGGGAAUUGACCAUUUUGAGACCAUUUUUAAAAAAAUUUUUUUAAAUUCUUCGAAAUUUUUUAAGGUCAGCGCCGAAUCUGAAGGCAAAGUGUGGUCCUAUGAAACGUCUCCAGCUCGUAAUUAUCAACCUAUUAAAAGUGAAAUGUCUAAACCUUUGAGCAGUGGACGUGUCGAGAGUUUACACAGCGAUGACUUUGAUGGAUUUCAAAAUUCUGGACAAAGUAAUUCUCGUUAUUCCGGCUUUGGCAAUCCCCAAUUUCAACAAAAAAUGAGUUUUUACUCCAAUUCUCAAUCUGAAAUGUUAACGGGUGCUUUGAACUCUCUUUCAAUGGGGUGGAAUUUGUUAAGUAAAGGAGCAACUUCAGCUGCUGGGAUGGCUAAAGAUUUGACUUCUCAAACGGGUACAAAAGCUGUUGAGUUGAGUGAAACUGUUGCGAGCAAGAUUGGAGAAGGAAAAUUGCUUGGAGGUUUUGGCAAUUUAUUAAAUUCGGCAACAGAAUUUGGUCAAAAAUCGUUUAGUGGAAUUAAUCAAUUUGUAAAAUCAACAAGUUUGCAUGGUUUUAGUGGUGGACAAUUUAAAGAUCAAUAUGAUGACUUAUCUGACUUGAAAAAUGCUAGCCAAGUAAAUGAAGGUGAAGAUUUGGAUGAUGAAAAAUUUAAGAAAAUGUAUCGACAACAAAAAAUUGGGGAAGAAACAAAUAAACUUACUUCAGGUUUUUUAAAAUUUUCUCAAAACAGUUAG